GCUGGAUUAAUUGGUGAAAGAAAUUCCGAAAAAUUACAAUUUACUACGGAACCUGAAGCUGCAGCGAUCCAUUGCAGAGAUAGUCUCGGAGAACAUAAUUUGACUUGCGGAACAACCUUCAUGAUUGUCGAUUGUGGUGGUGGCACAGUAGAUUUGACAACUCGAAAAGUGCUACCCGGAAAUAAAUUAGGAGAAGUUACAGAGAGAGCAGGUGAUUUCUGUGGAAGUUCUUUUGUAGAUGGAGAAUUUAUUAAGCAUUUAAGGAGAGAACUCGGAAAUGAAGCUAUAGAUUUAUUAAGAGAUAAUUUCUAUGGACAAAUGCAAUAUCUGGUUCAAUCAUUUUGUCAAAACGCCAAAAUACCAUUUACUGGAGAUGAUCGAGAUUUUUAUUAUGAAAUUAAUCUUGAAGAA